GGCGUUGCCCUGCGGACCACCCAGCCAUGGACAUUUACAUGAUGAUCCGGCGCCAGAAGACCACCAUCUUCACCGACGCCAAGGAGAACACGUCCGUGGCGGAGCUGAAGCGAAUCCUGGAGGGCAUCCUGAAGGUGGCGCCCGAGAACCAGAAGCUGCUCAAGGACGAGACCGAGAUGGAGGACACUAAGACGCUUCAGGACUGCGGCCUGACGUCAUCGACGGCGCAGGCGCACAAGCCGGCCACACUGGUCCUUUGCUUCCGGCAAGAGGAUGGUAAGUGUGCCACGCCGUUCCGCAUGGAUGACUGCCACUUGUGA